CAUUAGUUAACCGGAUGGCGAUGCUCAGCCGGAGCUCCAGCCCCAUAUUCGCCGCGCUGUGAAUUCUGGGAACACACAGUAGUAUCAAGAUGGCGGCGAGCAGGAGGCUGGCCAAGGAACUUGAAGAGAUUCGCAGGUCUGGAAUGAAAAACUUCCGAAACAUUCAAGUUGAGGAAUCAAACCUAUUGUCAUGGCAAGGGCUCAUUGUUCCUGACAACCCUCCUUAUGACAAAGGUGCGUUCAGAAUCGAAAUAAUUUUCCCCACCGAGUACCCUUUCAAGCCUCCCAAGAUCACAUUCAAGACAAAGAUCUACCACCCCAACAUUGAUGAGAAGGGCCAGGUGUGCUUGCCUGUGAUCAGUGCAGAGAACUGGAAGCCUGCCACCAAAACUGACCAAGUGAUUCAGUCCCUCAUCGCGCUGGUGAACGACCCCCAGCCGGAGCAUCCUCUAAGGGCGGACCUAGCAGAAGAAUACUCAAAGGACCGGAAAAAAUUCUUGAAGAACGCCGAAGAGUUUACAAAGAAACACGGAGAAAAGCGGCCAAUGGACUGAUGACCUGACGAGCGUGUAGCCCUCUCUCUGUCUCCUCUUUCUCCCCCCCUCCUCCUAUCUCACCUGCCCAACCAAACACAGAUCUUCCUCUCACCUCCCUGCUCUCUCUCCCUCACCCCCCCCCCCCCCCCCCCUCCCCUUUCCCUCACCGGUCCUCCCUGCAGUCCAGGAGCUGCCCAGCAGUGGCAGCCUCACCGCCCCCCUCCAUCCAGGACUCUCUGUGGAUCAGACAGCCUCCUCCCCUCCCUCCUCGGCCAUAACUCUCCAGACCAUUUCUAACUUUUGACUCUUUUCUUAAUGGGAAAAAAUAUCUAAGGGAACAUGAAGUUCAGAUGAAGAGUUAGAUGGCGAUACGGAGUAAUUUGUUAAAGUUUGCUUUUCCUCUAUAUAAACAACUCCUGUGUUAAAUAGAUGAUCACUUAGAUGCGAUUUUUCUGAAGUAUCUUAUUUUUGGUAAAACAGGUUGAUUACUUGUCCUCUUUUUCUUUUGCCCCACGAUUGAUAAUAUUUUAGGCUUAAAACACAAAGGUGACAGACAGAAGAGAAGCUGUAGCUAGGAUGUUCAAGGUGUUCCCUUACUCACCUCCACUGCUUCUAGACUUGCACUGUACUCUACGGGACAAUCCCUCACCACCACACCCCCAACAAACAGUGGCAGGCCAUACAUUCAUUGAUCUGUUAUAGCUGAAAGUGCUACAGAAGAUACCUGUGUGUUGAAGAAACAUCAUUGGUUUCCAAACCUGCAGUUAUCUUCUAUCCCCACAUUGGACAGGAAACACAGGAGAGAGGCACCAUGCUGUUAAAACGCUUAACAGCCAGACCAAUGGCUAUUGUUCUUUUCUUUCCCAUAUUCAUCAUUCUUUCUCCCCUCUAAAUUGUUUUGAUUGGCACAUGAUAUUUAAAAUUUGUAACGUGGGAAGGUUGUUAAUUUGAAUCUUUCUCACAUAUAUCCCCCAAUAUAACCCCCCUGUCACCUUUUCCAUACGGCAACCAACAUACAGUCAGCUGCCCUGCUGUGAAGGACAUCACUUAUCUGGGGGGGGGUGGAGGAGCUGGAGGAGGAUGCACUCGGCUGGAAUGAAGCUCAGCUCCUGGUGGCAGUCCUAGUAUCGGGCAGCUGGGAGAGGGCUGGCUGCCAGGGGGGGGGGGGGGGGGGGGUGGGACACAGGAAGGGACUGCAGUGGCCCAAACACCACCAUGUAACAGCUGUUUGAUCUGCUCCCAAUAUUGUUUCAUAAUAAAGAUGGCUAACCAUUUG